AAAUAGGGUCCCGGGGACAGAUGUUUUCCAUUAUUUCCCCCAUCCCCCUGCUCCCACCAACAGCCUUGUUCCCUCUUGUUCCCAGCGUGAGGUGAUCAGUCCCGUGUACAGUCUCUCUUCCUGACACCAGUCAGCUCGGACAGAGACAGAGAAAGGAUCUUAGCAAUGCGUGAAUGUAUCUCCAUCCAUGUUGGCCAGGCUGGUGUCCAGAUGGGCAAUGCUUGCUGGGAGCUGUACUGUUUGGAACAUGGUAUCCAGCUUGAUGGGCACAGACCUGAUGUGAAAAAUGCAAGCGAGGCCGACGACUCCUUUGACACCUUCUUCUGUGAGACACAAACUGGGAAACAUGUCCCCCGGGCAAUCUUUCUGGACCUGGAGCCAACUGUGAUCGAUGAGGUCCGGACUGGUCCCUAUCGUCAGCUGUUCCACCCUGAGCAGCUCAUCACCGGGAAGGAAGAUGCUGCCAACAACUACGCCCGUGGGCACUACACCAUUGGCAAGGAGCUGAUCGACCCAGUCUUAGCUAGACUUAACAAGUUGGCUGACCAAUGCACAGGUCUUCAAGGUUUCCUGGUUUUCCAUAGUUUUGGUGGAGGCACUGGCUCAGGAUUCACCUCCCUGCUGAUGGAACGUCUCUCAGUCGACUACGGCAAGAAGUCCAAGCUGGAGUUUUCUGUCUACCCAGCUCCCAGGAUCUCCACCGCUGUGGUGGAACCCUACAACUCCAUCCUGACCACUCACACCACACUGGAACACACUGAUUGUUCCUUCAUGGUGGACAACGAGGCCAUCUAUGACAUCUGCCACAAAAACCUGGACAUUGAGCGUCCAGGCUACAUCAACCUGAACCGUCUGAUCGGGCAAAUUGUGUCAUCAAUCACAGCUUCCCUCCGUUUUGAUGGGGCCCUCAAUGUUGACCUGACAGAAUUCCAAACUAACUUGGUGCCAUACCCUCGUAUCCAUUUCCCUCUGGCUACCUACGCCCCAGUCAUCUCGGCUGAGAAAGCUUACCAUGAGCAGCUGUCGGUGACCGAGAUCACCGGUGCCUGCUUUGAGCCAGCAAACCAGAUGGUCAAGUGUGACCCUCGCCACGGCAAGUACAUGGCUUGCUGCCUGCUCUACCGUGGUGAUGUGGUGCCAAAAGACGUCAAUGUUGCCAUUGCCAACAUUAAGACCAGGCGUUCCAUCCAGUUUGUGGACUGGUGCCCAACUGGCUUCAAGGUUGGCAUCAACUACCAGCCCCCUACAGUGGUGCCUGGUGGGGACUUGGCCAAGGUGCAGCGAGCUGUGUGUAUGCUGAGCAACACCACGGCCAUCGCUGAAGCCUGGGCUCGACUCAAUCACAAGUUUGAUCUGAUGUACGCCAAGCGCGCCUUUGUGCAUUGGUACGUGGGUGAGGGGAUGGAGGAAGGGGAGUUCUCGGAGGCCCGUGAAGACCUCGCUGCUUUGGAGAAAGAUUACGAAGAGGUUGGUGCAGAGAGCACAGCUGAUGAUGAGGAAAAUGAGGGAUUCUGAAUUCUAAUCCGCUCGGGGCAAAUCUUUUCAUCUUUGUUUGACACAAUUAAAAUCUGUUCUUUUCUGGA